GUUACAGCCAUGGGUCGUCCCGUUUUGUUUCUCUGUGUACUUGCCGUUCUCUCAGUCCUUCCCAGCCACGCGCAAGCAACAAAAUGCGGCAAGCUGUGGACACGCAAAGAAUGGCGAACGUUGACGCAGGGUGAGAAAACUGACUGGGUGGGGGCUGUCAAGUGCUUGGGAAGAAUAAGGCAUCAAAGACUAUCCUUCACUCCAGAACAGAAGGUUCUUGAGGGGUUGAGAAGUCUAUACGAUGACUUCUCCUACUCACACGCAGCAGUAGAGCAUAGCGCUCAUAGGAAUGUCUACUUUUUGCCGUGGCACCGCUGGUUCCUCUACCUAUUCGACACGUCCCUCCGCCAAAACUGCGGGUACAGUGGUCCAACACCAUACUGGGACUGGUCUCGCGAUCACGCCGACCUCGUCGGCUCUUCCGUGUUUGAAGAUUCACCCGAAUCUGGGCUUGGCGGGACUGGGGACUGUAACUCUUCCCCCGAGGCCGAUUGCGUGGUCACCACAGGUGCUUUUGCCCAGUUCGAGCUCGCCUGGCCGAUUCCGCACCAACUUCGCAGAAACUUGACGCUCAUCACUGGAUGGUUUGAACACGAGCGGCCCCAGAACUCCACACUUGGCCCAGACUCCGUGCGGAACUCAACUGAGCAUCACACGGGCGACUUUUACAGUUUCCAGCACUCAAUGGAACAGAUGCAUAAUCAUAUCCACAACUUUGUUGGCGGCGACUUGGCGGGAGACUGCCCAAAGAGAUUGCCAGCGGAUGAUUGCAAGGACCUAGCCGUCGCCUUCACGCCGAAUGACCCUCUAUUCUGGUUGCAUCAUGCGCAGCUUGACCGAUUAUGGAGCAAGUGGCAACGUCGACACCCCGCCAAUUUGGCCGCUUUCUCCGGCAUACCCUUACACUCGUUUAAUAUGAGCGACCCACAGUACGACCUUAACGCAAGCGCAUAUUAUGAGAUGCCAUUUGACGUUCAGAGUGUACCAGUGAUGCCGAUGAAGGUUUUUGAUACGGAGGCUGAGCCGCUAUGUUACCAGUAUGUAGAUGAGGAGUGACAUUUCCAGGGCUG